GAACUUAUAUGUAAAUCGCGUAACUUGAGUAGGUUGUUUGUUGCGUAUAAAGAAGUCAUUAUGACAUCACCAAAUCGGGAUGGUUACUACCAACGACCGGUGUUUCCCCACAAUGACGUCACUUCACCACCCCGUCAUCAAGUCCCAGGGUCGCCAUCCUCUGUGACGUCAUCAAGUUCAAGAGGGGAGCCCCCUAAACGCUUACGUCACUGGUUAAUAGAGAUGAUUGACAGCGGUAGCAUCCCUGGGUUGCAGUGGGAGAAUCACGAGAUGACGAUAUUUCGGAUUCCAUGGAAACACGCGGGGAAGAAUAAUUAUAAAGAGGAGGAUUGUAGAAUAUUCAAGGCAUGGGCCGAACAUCGAGGGAAAUACAAACCCGGUGACAAGAUGGAAGCCGCGACAUGGAAGACCCGGUUACGUUGCGCCCUCAACAAACUUCCUGACAUCAAGGAACUGAAAGACAGAAGUUCUUUAGAGGGGAAUGAUCCUUACAGGGUGUACCAGUUGCUGCCGGAGGCUGAUAAAAGUCAAGAAUACGAGAUCUACCCACGAAGUACUUGGACAAAGGAGGUUGUGUCACCAGAUGGCCACAGGAACGAUCCCUAUCACAUGGCGCAACCCAACGAACCGGAUUUGACGCACAUGACGUCACAUACGAUGACGCAAGAGGGAAUUCCCCAAGUAGACCUGACUCGAACAACACUCGCUCCUUCACAGGAAUUCAGUAGAAUGCGAGUUCAGGAAUCAGACAAUGGGUCUUGUUACACAAUAAACAAGUUGGAUAUAGCGCCACCCAGCGACUACGAUUGUGUUCGAAAGUCGGUGCUUCGUGUUCGCUCGAUAUCGGACGACACAGUGGGGUAUGCCAACCCCCCUAACCCCCCCAAUCAUGACCCACGUACAAGGAGCGCAUCAGGGGUUGCAUCACCUAGUGGUAGCGAUGCUAGCGUGCAUAACAUGGAGACGUACAACCCAUAUCCUGGAAGAGGGGGGUACGAGAACGGGGUCCAUACAUCCAUACCGCCCCCUAUGGUGGGGAAUCAUGAUGUCGCACCACCCGCCCAUGAAAUGGAGGUUUACAUUCGGUACCGACGUUCCAAUGUCCUCGCUUGCCACGUUACCGAACCAACAGGGUGCCGGAUCAGUUACGGCAACUCCAGUUUACAGUUGAUAGCGAGUGCAACCCACGAACUUCCCAACAGUGUGUUUGGUCCUGAGACAUUACAGCAGAUUGAACUACUUGACUGCGAGCCAUACGCAUCAUCAGAAACACAGAUCCAACUCACCAAACAUAUAUUAAACAACCUUAGAAGAGGUCUAAUACUCAGUUACAGUGGAGGAUGCUUCUACGCCAAACGUCUUUGUCAAAGUCGGGUGUUUGUAUAUGGUCCCGAAACAUCAGGCAGCGCGCCAGAGAAACUUGAGCGUAACGCCUCAGUGAAGUUGUUCGAUUAUCGAAAGUUUUGUGAAAAUCUUCAGCAAGUUUCGCAAGUUGGCAAGUUUCGCUCUGUAGAGGCUGAGAUUCGUAUUUCGUUUGCGCAAACUUGGUCGGUGCAAAACCCGAUAGAGAAGAAUCUGGUGAACCUUUAUAUGAUACCACGUGCUGCCAAAUAUUUGCUUACUAAGGUUCGUGAGAAAUACGACACCACAUUUACGUCACCAGAGGGCGAAAGUAUCCUAACAUCGGGGCCGGAUAGUUACGAUAGAUUGGCGGACCGUGCAACGCAGGAGUCCAACCAAUAUGUUGACGAACUGAUUCGACAAAUGGCACAAAGUGAGCCGAUGGUCAGUUUCAGCGACAUCAACCAACCAACGUACAACCCCGGGUACUUUCAACAAUGCCCCCUCCAGGUGGGGCCAGUGAGCAACGCUGGGUUGAACGACGUAGAGAUGGGUGGAUGCAUAUUGUGAUGUCAUAAUGUAUAUUGUGAUGUCAUAAUGCAUAUUGCGAUGUCAUAAUUAACAUGAUGUAUGUGAUUGUACAUGGACAUUGCUAAUUGUUUGUAAAUAAAGAGAGAUUGUUGACAACA